CCUAACAAUUUCUUUCUCUCUCUCUCUUUCUCCGACAGCGAUACCAGAUUUAUUCACGAGAAAAGAGCCACUUUGUCUUUCUCCUCCACUCUCCCCACUUCCCAACAUAGCCUUGUUAAUAGUUCGCGACUUCUCUUCCUGUUCGGGAAAUGGACGUUUACGGGAAAGCAAAAGUUCCCGGUGAAGUUUCAACGGACUUUCAGUCCGAGAUGUUAUCUUCUCCGGCCGGAGCCAUUUGGGAGGACUUCAUUCCAGGACAAAAUAUGGAACGAGAUGAAGAAGAUAAUAUUAGCUUGCAGUGGCUCUCCUUUUUUAUGGAGGAUUGCUUCUCUUCCACUACAAGUUUCAAUUUUCCAACACCGUUAAUUCCAACUAAGACCAACAACGCCUCCAAUUCUUGCGCUACUGAUCCAUAUCCUGCACCACUCAGAAACCCAAAUCCUUGUUCCUUUCAAAAACCCUCAUUUCCGGCCAAGGCCAGAAAUAAGAGAAGGAAAACUAAAACCAGUUCCCAGUUCAUCAAUUCCUCCAUUGAUUCUCCCCUCCUCCACCAAAAACAUUGGCUUGCAGAGAGUGAGCUCCUUAUUUCCCCUAAAAUGGAGAAAAACGAGAACAAGCCAGAAACAGAAGAUGAGGAAAAAGGCAUUAAUGGCAGAGGAGUACAGCACCAACAACCAAAGAGAUGCAGCCAUUGCUUGUCACAGAGGACUCCUCAGUGGAGGACAGGUCCUUUGGGACCUAAGACUCUCUGCAAUGCUUGUGGUGUGAGAUUCAAAUCUGGUAGGCUUUUGCCUGAGUACAGACCAGCAAAAAGCCCCACCUUUGUGAACUACAAGCACUCCAACUCUCACAAGAAGGUGAUGGAGAUGAGAAUGGCUGAUUUCUCCACCAAUUCCAUCUAAUUUAGGACUUGAUUCACAUAUAUCAAUUGCUUCAUCCUACAAUGUACCUUUGUUUUUCUUUUUUAUUUGGGAGACUUACAUGCAUACCAUGUUCUUUUUAUGAUUUACAUGUCCAAUACAUAAAUCUUUAUUUUUACUUAUAUAAUAUUCUAUUCUCUAAAUGAUAUCAAAAGUAUCACUAAUGUUACUUUUAUCUAAAGUGAAAUACAUCUUCAUGCAUAUGUUUUGAUGUAAUUUAACAUCAAAAUGUUGUGCAAGUAAAUUUAAGUAUUAGAUAUAUAAAUAUAUAAAAAUUCAGUGGUAUGUUUGUAAAUUACCCUUUUGGUUUUGGUGUUUUGUAAUUCUCUUAUGUGUUGGUCUGUAUUUUAGUUUAUAUUAUUUUGUAAUUUAUGAGUUUAGUCUAUGUUGUAACAUUAUUAGUAGAGACAAUAAACAAAGUAAUGCAGAAUCAAAAGAAUCUUUGUACAGAGAACCUCUUCUAAUUAUUUCUCUUGGCAGUGGGCCUUUUAUCAUAAAUAUUCUCAUAAAGACACUUUGUUUUCAUCUUUCAUUGCAGUAAUUUUAGCAAGCUAUAAAUUGACGAGACAGUUGAUACUUUAAUGUGUGUAUUCUGCCUCUCUUUUGCUUUCUAUUGCUUUUAUUUUUGGCUGGUAUCUUCCUUUAAGAGCUUUAGCUUUAAUUGUACAUUACUUCUUUUACAGGUUUAUAGCCUUAUUAUAUUUUGGCAACUCCUUCAAUAGGAUAAAGCUGAAGGUAGUUUAUUUAUUACUUUGGUUUCCUUCUAAGAAAUGUAAAAGUUGAGAAUGAUGAACGAGGGAAGGCAAAAUUGACUUAUUUGUUUGAACUUUGAAGCAUAGAAAUGAAUUUUUAGUCUUUUUAGGUGUAAAAGGUGAAAUUUUUCAUGAUUAUUUUCCAUUUUUUAAUGAUUUUCUAUCAUAUGUGAUAAGUAAACUCACAUAUAGGUGGGCCCACUUGUAUGUGGAGAUGAUUAUAAGCGUAUAUUUUUCAUUAAAUUUAAUCAUAAUUAUUAACAAUUAAUAAUUUGUGUACUCAUAUUUCCUGUACAUGAACUUUGAGGAUUAUUCUGUGAUAUUUACUGCACGUCAUUUCAUUUGGGAUCAAAGUGUCCCAUUGAUGGACAUGGAGCUCUUCCAGCUAUAAAUUCUUGCAUGUGAUCACAACAUUGUCUAUUAUGGGCUUCCCAACACAGUUAUUUAGUGGCAAAAACUUAAAAUAUCUGCUGCUAUUUUUUGGCAUUUGUCAUCUAUAUUUUAGGCACCUUUCUAUCUAGUUUACUAUGGCUGUGACUCAAUUGCAUUGAGAUUUACACAAAAGUGAUGCCUACCUUGUAAAACUCUGAUCUAGUGGUUGCAUCUUCUAGCUUCCUCAUUCAUGACAGAUGAGUCCAAUGAAUUUGGCUACACUUAAUACUCAAAUAUUCAUGAAAUGCAGAAAAUUUUCAAAAAAAUUGGCACCAAUGUCUCCUGUUUCAUCAUAUGCCAUUUCAAUUCAUUUAGAAUUUUUAAUUUUACCUUUUGUCUUAUCAUAAUGAUAUAAGAAUUUCAGAAAAUUCUAAAUUAUCAACUAGCUUUGAAGCUUUUUACAACAUGAAAUGUCUUCAAGCUUGCUGCCAGACAUUGUGUUAGACCGGUCCAUUGGACCGGUCAAGCCGGUUCGAUGGGACAGGCUUACGCGAACAGAGGCAGAAAUAUCCGCCUCCUGUAUGCGUUGAACGCACGCCUGAGCGUGCGUGAGCUGUUUAGGAAGGAUUUUUGAGGGAGUUAGGAGGGAAAUUUGAAUGUAGACAGGUAAUGCAAAUAAAAUGAAACCACA